AUGUCUGAUAAAUUUGGAAGAAAUAAGUCUACGAGGUGGGUUAAAGCAUCUAUUCCUACGUAUGGAGACGAGUGGGGCGAUGACUACGAUUAUGACUACGAGUCAGGUAACGAAUCAGAACCUGAACAUUCCGAAUCUCAAAGUCGAACAGCGAAUGAACAAGGCACUAGUGUUGAAGAAGAGAAAGGUCAGCGUAAGAAUUCUGAUGUACUACAAUUGGACCAAUAUGAUAAUCGUGAAACGGACGCGGAUGUUCAAGCACAAAAUCCUAAUUUAGUAUUGUCUAUUGAUAAACUAAGAACGAGACGCUAUACCUCAGAAGAUUCUUCCAGUGAAGAUGAAGAGGGGCCAGAGAUUAUGGAUGAAAUAGAUGAGCCAUAUAGGAAAAGCGGAAGUGAAGAUUUUGUAUUUGAAGAUAAUAAAGCAAAGUUGCAAUCGAAACAACUAUCUGGUGCAGGUGAUGAUAAAACAAGCGAAUUAUCAGAAAUGCCUAUAAACCAAACUAUAACUACACACGAUAAACAAUAUGGCCAGAAAUCCGAUUUGCUUCCUCCAACACCUACAUUCAGUACAACAGAUAAAACGAAUAACUCAGUAGGUGAGACUCCAAAAUCUGAGCGGAGUUAUCAAUCUGAUGGGGAUUCUAUCCAGAAUGAACCGUCAGACUUGAAUAUAAGAGAUAUUGGUAAAUUCAGUUCCCAUUUAGAUGAAGAUGCGUACUCUAAUGAUAUACCUGUUGAAUCAAACCAUAUGACUCAAGAAGAUCACCUGGAUAAAUAUAUGAAACAUGAUCACGAGCAGCUUGAAAAUCAGCCAGAUGAAAGCACUAUGAGCUCGAAUGAAGGUAAAUCGACGGAAGCUCCGGCACCUUUAGUUUUGUCCAUUGAUAAGAAGAAUUAUGACGACAACGACAAUAGUAGUGAUGAUUGGGGAUAUAAUAGUCAAAAGAAUAGUGACGAGGAGACAGCGAAUGAAGACGAAAAGCAUCCAACGGAAGUUGAAAAGCCUUAUAAUGAAGACUUGAACAAGGAAUCAGAUUCCGCUCGUAAGAAUAAAAGUGACGCUUUGGACAAUCUAAUAAUGGAUUUACAAAAUGCUUCGCUAGUCGGACAUAAAGAUGGGCAAGUAAGUAAAUCAACGCGAAAUGAAGCUUCUGGACAGGAUGAAUUAUUCCUUAAUAUGGAUUCGUUGCAGAACAUUUCCUUGCCGGAUUUUGAAAAUAACUCAUUUAGUCAUUAUGAUGAAGAAAACCAUAAGGGUUUGAACAUACAAACUAUCUUACCUGGCGAGCAAGAAGAAGAUUCGCAACCGCCAACACCUAUUGCGCCGUUAACUUUUGGAGAUGAGGUAAAAGGUCAUGAAGAUUUUGUUACAGGUUUAACCGGUCAUAGGCGGUCGAUAAGGAAGCCACCACCUAGUUCAACUAAUCCAACUACAAAUAGAAAUGAAUUAGUAUCUGUUGAUUACACUAAUAUUGCGGAUGCUGUUAGUGGAUACAUGAAUGACGAUGGCAGUAAUAAGAAUUUAGAUCUAAAUCUGGGAGAUUCAGGAGCUGCGAGAUUAUCGAAUGUUCCAGAAACCGAAGGCGAUGAUAAUGAAAACAAGGACUUAGAAGCUGAAUUGAAUCCUACUAUUUCAGCGGCAUCGUCAGGAUCUUUAUCGACUGGAAGCUUUUCGUUUGAUGCUGCGCAGUCUGCUUCUCAGAAAGAAGAAGCCCCAAAACAAGAAGAUACAAACAAAGAAGGUGAUGAUAUUUCAAGGAGAGUCUCUACAAUGAGUACUAAUACCAUCAGUAUGGGAAAUUGGAAACCAAAUACUAAUAACUACCGCGAUCAAUUUAUCAAUGACAAUGAUAAUGAAUCACAAAUAAACUUUAACCCAUAUGCAGAUUCUAAUAGUAAUUACAAUAAGUUCACGAAGAUGAGAACCGUAUCUGGAGCCUCAUUCGAUUCUGCAUCCAAUACAAGUUCUGUGUCAGUGCCUGAAACUAUUGAUGCAGCAUUGCCAAGUAUUGAUGAAGAUCCAGACAACCAUGAUUCUACGAUUAAUGGUAGUGACAAUAGUCUUGAUUUAACUAAAACAAUCAACACUACAGACUCUGUUUUGAAAGAACAUCACUACCAUCCCCAAGUAUUUAAGGAAGAGAAAGUGACUCCUAUUAGUUCGAAGGAUGACUUGGGGAAAUCUUCUACACAAGAACCACAGAAAUAUUCUAGUCUCUUAGGAGCAAGUACAGGGGAGACCGAGGACAAUGACCUUUCAAGAACUAAAUCGAGUUCGUCGUUUGCUAGUAACGAGGAAGCCACGUCAAAUACCGACAAAAGAUUGGGAAGUACAUCUUCGGCAGGCACAACAUCUCUAUCAGCAACUAGAAAUUUCACUCCACAACCGUACAAUUUAUACAAUUGGAAGAGUAUUAUGGCAACGUCCCAACCUAUAGAUCGGAUUCGUUUGCUUAGAGAUGCACUCCAAAAAGAAGCCGAUUAUGACACAGGCUUACUGAAUUGGCUAAAUGAAUCUUUAAGACAAUCAGAGGAUGCUUCAAAUAUUCACAUAGGCAAAAUUGCUACUCAAGCGUAUCAAAAUGCUGCUCACAAUGAUAUUAGAAGGCAUGCAUCGAUUAGAAGUAAGGUUUCAAUUGUUAGAGAUAAGGUAGAAACUUCCGGAUUACAAGCUUCAAGUUUAGGUAAAAGAUUUUUCAAUCGUGGUAAGAAGUUAAUGAAAUCAUCGGGUAAUGAAUAA